UGAGUUGUGGCGUCACCUGGAUCCGACAGCGUCUUCUUGUGGAUGCUCUCGGCAAACUCCGCUCCUUUUGGCUUUGCUUCGGUUUCCAUCAUAACCUCGUCACCUCCUGAAGGACACGGUGAUGUUCAGUGUAAACACCUCACGGCGGUUUGUCACAACCAUGCGCCUCACAAAUGACCAACCUACAUAUCCAGGUUUUGAUGCAAUUUUACAAUGUCCAGUCAUUUUUAGAUAUAUAUUCUAGACACAUAUAUUCUAGAUACAUAUUCACCUCCAACUUAAAACAGAUACUUCAAAAAAAAAACAAUAAAAAUCACCCCUUUAUAGCUCGACAUAUGGCAACGUCACCCAUCGUUUUAUGACGCCAAAAAGGUACUUCUUUGUAAGUAAGGUUCGCGUAAUAUACACCACGCAUUCGGUUUAUUAAGAACACACUGUAACAGGUUAGAAGCAAACUCUCAUGUUUGAGGCAUUCACUGCCAGUUCCUUUAGGUUUAACACGUUUAACAGUGCGCUUCAGCGACGUGUUGUCAUCGAAUGACAAAGGGAAAAUAUGUUUUAUGGUCGAAUAUGCGUCGUCAUUUCAGUAUUACAGUCAUAAAACGAGUCAUGGAAUCCCGCCACGACCAUUUACACUCCGACUACAUUUGUGAAUCAAGCUAAAAGUGCCCGGUUCUUUUACGAACGAACACUCACAGCGUUUCUGAAUUUGUCUGACGUUAGCAACGGUGUCGUUAGCUCGCUACCACACUGGGGAGCGUUCUCAGAAAAACGCUGACUAAAGGAGACAGUUUCAAACCUUACGGCUGUACCAACAUCGCGAAUCUACUCGUCACUUUAAUAGAUGUGAUAUUUCAUAAACGAGAAUCGCGACAACGGGCGCCGAUGUGGAGGAAUUACAGGAAGAUCUUGCCAGUACCCACCAUCCUGGGUCGCCAUGAUGAUUGUGUACAAUCUGCUGGGUUUUCGCUGAGAGAUUAUAUGAGCAGGAUGGACUCUGUAGUCCAGGAAGCGCUCCUCUACAAGGACUACAGCUGUUUUUUCUGCCAAAUAUAUACACUUUACAUGCUAUAGUAUCGAAACGCCACAGUGUUUGUAACGUACUGUGACAUUUUUACACACUUACAAAGCGGGCCAAAGUUUCAGCUUUUUGACAGUCAAACAGCAUUCGGGCGUUCGUGCGGUCAUAUUACACAUAAAGUCGUUUGGACUUUUAAUAUGUUCAGUUGUAGAAAGUGUUCUGCUAUCGUUAUUAGGAGCCAGUCAUUUUUGCUGAGUCAAAUCUAAGACUCGUUCCAAAAACGAACUUGUUCGGAAGGACGUGAACCAUCUCAAGCUAAACAUCAUCUUUGUCAGCGUGGUGAGCGGAAACGACGGUGGCAGUUUCCUGUCAAAUGUGUGGUAUUUGUGUGUGUUUCCCUUAUGAGCUUCUCCGAGUUAUAGACUUAUAUAAAUCAGUAAACUAAAAUUAUACAAACGUGGGUAAACAGGGUGUAAAAAUACAUGAGAUUAGAGGUGAACUUCGAGUAGUUUAGAAGCAGUUUAUCUAUUCCAAUCCAUUACAAAGUAAAGUUGCGGGGAAAAAAAAUUAAAUUAGAAAAAAUAAAUGAAACAGCCUUAUUUUAUUUCACAAUUUUAUUUAUUUAACUGACUCGCUGUAUUUUAUCUAUCUAUCCAUCUAUAUAAUAAAAUGAAAUAAAAUGCAGUGUAUACAGUGAAAAACAUUUCACUUAAAAGAAAAUAAGGCAGGUUUUGUAACCAUCUUGUGCCCUCGAUUUAAUGCUGUUUACACCUUGACUGACACCUUCUAAUCUACCUUGAAGCACUGUAAUUUAGAGACAUACUCCUGUAAACCCCAAAUAAGUCAAGCAAAACUGGUUAUGCCUGUAGAUUCCGCCUUUUCUUUGUGCACGCAAAAUGAUUACUUGCUUCGAAGUAAGCAUCGGUCUGCUGUUUUGCAGUAUGUAUCAGUGUAAACAGGCUGUCUGCGUUACCUUCACUUCACUGACAACUGCUCUGUCACACAAUUUUGGGGGUGACCUAUAAGCAGGGAUUCACUUGUCGAUAGCAGUGGUUCUUAUAUGACCUGUUUUUUUUUUUUGUUUUUUUUUGUAAUUUAAAUUAUUAAAAACAUUGAAGAAGAGUCUCUUCAAUACCAACAGAUAUAUUUUCCUGAAAGUCAAUAUGAUAAAGAGUGAGUCAUUCGUUUUAAAUUUAAAUUCCAAUUCAUAUUAUUUAAAAAAAAUGAAAAUAUGAGUUGUAAGCCAUGAAUAGUCGCAGUACCUGCACAUGACCGCUUGUCGGCAGCACAGCCUUUACAAACGCACCAAACCACGGCCACACGAAGAAGAGAACGAAGUCAGCCGAAGACCGCGAGAAGUAUUUUUUAAUUAAAGUCACAAGUUGUCAUGGGUUGGUUGUAUGACAGAAGAGGAGUGAUAUGAGAACUGUGCCGCACUUAUUCUCCGCUGCUUUCACUUUCCUCUGCGGAGCUCCCGCUGCUCCCAGCGCACCGAGCUGUAACUACACAGAAACUACUCAGAAGACACCUUAUUUUCUGGGACAUGACUGAUGCGGAAUUGGAAAAAGCAGCGCAUUUGUUGAGCAACUGUGUCGAGAAAACCGAGAAACUAUUUUUAAUAUGCUUCUUUAAGCGUUAAAGGGAGUCACCAUGGCAGACAGACGGACUUUCAAUGUCGUUAUUUUGGGUGUUGGGUUCCUCUUUGUUUUUACAGCCUUCACAACAUGCGGGAACAUUGAACAAACUAUUGUGAAGAGCCUGCAGAAUGAGACUUUCAAUGGGAGCGGAUACCACAGUCUGGGCAUCAUCUAUGGGGUGUUCUCCUUCUCAAAUCUACUGGCACCUAUGUUCGUCUCCAUCGUUGGACCUAAGUUGACCAUGUUUUUGAGCGGCCUCCUUUACAGCGGUUACAUCGCCGUGUUCAUCGUCCCCUACACGUGGUCAUUUUACUUCACCUCUGUACUGAUUGGCAUUGGAGCGGCAAUGCUCUGGACGGCACAAGGACAGUUCUUGGUGGAGAACUCCGAGGCCUCCACCAUCAAUAGGAACACGGGGGUGUUCUGGGCUCUGUUGCAGUGCAGCAUGCUGUUUGGAAAUCUUUACAUUUACUUGGACUGGAAUGGAAAGUCUGAAAUAUCAGAGUCCAGCAGGAAAAACAUCUUCCUCUCCCUCCUGGUGGCCUCCAUCCUCGGGACGCUGAGCUUCUUGAUCCUGAAGAAGGAUUUUCAUGAGGAGGACAUACUCACAGAGGACGAGGGGCAGUCCCUUCUCUCUGGGCCAGUCAUGUAUAAACACCGAGCAAAUACCGCCCUGCAAGAUGCCAAGUUGGAAUUCAGAACGAUCCUGCAGCUGGUCAACACCAGGACCAUCUUCCUGCUGAGCCCCUGCAUGGCCUACAGCGGUCUCGAGCUGUCGUUCUACAGCGGCGUGUACGGGACUUGCAUCGGAGCGACGACGCAGUUUGGGAAUAAAGCAAAAGGUUUGAUUGGGAUCUCUGGGAUCGUGGUGGGCAUCGGCGAGAUCGUGGGUGAGUUUGAGGAGGCGCAGUCUGGGGGUGGAUGUUCUGGUACUGAUGCCAGGUGCCCACCAGGUGGAGGAUUAUUUGGACUGCUGUGUAAGAACAGCCACUUCAGACGGACCUCAGUGGUCUUCCUGGGGAUGGUCGUUCAUUUCAUCGCCUUCUACCUGAUCUUCCUCAACAUCCCCGGCGACGCCCCGGUUGUGUUCUCCACCACAACACAGACGACUCCGUUCCUGACUCCCAGUGCUUCCGUCGCCCUGCUGUGCAGCUUCCUGCUCGGACUGGGCGACAGCUGCUUCAACACACAGCUCUACAGCAUAUUAGGCUGUGUUUACGCCGAACAAAGCACGCCUGCAUUUGCCAUCUUCAAAUUCAUCCAGUCGGUGUUUGCGGCCGUGGCGUUCUUCUACAGCGGCUACCUGCUGCUGAUGUGGCAGCUCCUGCUGAUGGUGGUGCUGGGCUUCACCGGAACGCUGUGCUUCUUCAUCGUGGAGCGGAUGCAGAACGGAGCCACGGACGUGCAGGAGUACUGACGUUUAGGAAAGAAAUGUUUUUAUGCAAAGUCAAAUACAUUCCAAUAACAACAUUGAGAUGGAAAUCGAAGGCACUGAAGCAGUUUUUCGCACUUAUUUUUGCUGUAAUCGAUCAGUAUCUGCUGAAACAUUUCAUUUCCUUUUUGCUGGAAUAUUAAUGUCUGUAUUAACACUGCUUUUUAAAACACAUUUUCAAUUUUAAUGUAUUAGCAACACAUGCUAUGACUAAUAAAG